AUGUGCUCCUGGGCUUCAGAGUUUUUCCAGCGGCAAAUAAAGGCUGAAGUGAAGGUGUUAAAGCAGAGCUGCUUUUCUACUGUGAAGCAGCGUGUGCACAUGGACGGUGAUGUGAUGAUUGCUUCUUAUUUCCCUCUCUACAUCUUGAGAGUACCUAGCCGUGACAAAGAUGCUCCUAAGCAUCAAAAGGAAAGGCUGUUACUCCUCCGAUCUCAGUCUAAAAAUAUUGGGGACACGGUAGUGGCCAAUGCAUUUUACCUUGGUAUUUUACCAUUGUACACCAUGUCUAUCCCAUGUUUCAUGGAUAACAGGUUAUUGUUUAUCUUCAAGAACUACCAGUUUAUUUUGGCCUUAACUUUUGCUAUAGAAGAGAUCAACAAAAACCCUCAUCUUUUACAUAACUUGACUCUGGGAUUUGAUUUCUGUAAUUUUGAAUUUGAUGUUUGGAAUGAAUUAAAAAGUGCCAUUCUUUGCCUCUUUGGGAAGUACAACACUCUCAAUUAUACAUGUAUGGGAGACAGCAAGUAUACAGCAGUACUUACAGGACCAUCAGGAAUAACAUCUGCCAAGUUUGGGACAUUGCUGAACCUCUAUAAGUUUCCACAGCUUUCCUUUGGGCCUUUUGAUCAAGACCUGAGCGACCAUUACAAGUUCCCUGCUCUCUAUCAGAUGGCCCAAAAGGACACAUCAAUGGCCACUGCCAUGGUCUCCUUACUGAUUCACUUCAGAUGGAACUGGGUGGGACUGCUAACCUUAGAAGACGAGAAUGGCUUGUGGAUUCUUCCUGAAUUGAAAGAAGAGAUGGCCAAGAACAGAGUCUGUGAUUUUGUCAAGGCAGUGAACCCUUCCAAAUACCCAGGAGACUCUUUCCUUGCUCAUCUGUGGUUUGUCUCUUUUAAUUGCUCUUAUUCUAAGUCUGACUGUGUAACAUGGGAGAACUGUCCUCAUGAUGCCUCCUUGGAUUGGUUGCCUCGGCAUGUUUUAGACAUGAAUUUGUCUGUAGACAGUUACAAUAUAUACAACACUGUAUACACUGUGGCCCAAGCUCUCCAUGAGAUGCUUCUUCAUCAAACAGAAGUACAAACCACGGGAAACAGAAAAGGGAUAGUGCCUUCUCCUGCACAGCUUCACCCUUUUCUGAAGAAGAUCCAAUUUCACAAUCCUGCUGGAGAUCAGGUGAUUUGGGAUGAGAAAAGGAAAUUGGAGGCAGAGUAUGACAUUGUGAACAUUUGGAAUUUCCCACAAGGUCUUCACCUGGAGGUGAAAGUAGGAAAGUUUUCUCCAUAUGCUCAUCAACUCUCUUUAUCUGAAGAAAUGAUACAGUGGCCCAUAGCAUCUGCAGAGCCUCCCCACUCUGUCUGCAGUGUAAGUUGUGGUCCUGGAUUCAGGAAAGCCCCUCAGGAGGGAAAGGCUGCUUGUUGCUUUGAUUGUACCCGUUGCUCAGAGAAUGAGAUGGCUAAUGGGACAGACAUGGAGAUAUGUGUGAAGUGUCCAGAUCACCAGUAUGCCAACAUACAGAGAAACCAGUGCCUCCAAAGAGCUACAAUCUUCCUGGCUUAUGGGGAGCCCUUAGGGAUGGCCUUGGCCUGCAUGGCUCUGGGUUUAUCUACACUCACAGCACUUGUUCUUGGGGUCUUUUUGAAACAUCACAACACGCCCAUUGUCAGAGCGAAUAACCAGGCUCUCAGCUACAUCCUGCUCAUCUCCCUCAUCGUCUGUUCCCUCUGUUCCUUGCUGUUUAUUGGCUGUCCCAACACAGUCACAUGUGUGCUACAGCAAACCACAUUUGGAGUUGCAUUCACUGUCGCUGUUUCUGCUGUCUUGGCCAAAACUGUCACUGUAGUUCUGGCCUUCAAGGUCACUUCUCCAGGGAGAAGGAUGAGGUGUCUGCUGGUGUCAGGGGCUCCUAACUUCAUCAUUCCCAUCUGCACCCUGAUCCAGGUAAAUCUCUGUGGAAUCUGGCUGGGUACCUCUCCUCCCUUCAUUGACACAGACACACACUCUGAACAUGGCCACCUCAUCAUCCUGUGUAACAAGGGCUCCCUCACUGCCUUCUACUGUGUCUUGGGAUACCUGGGUUCCCUGGCCCUGGCCAGCUUCACUGUGGCUUUUCUGGCCAGGAACCUGCCUGACACCUUCAAUGAAGCCAAAUUGCUGACCUUCAGCAUGCUGGUGUUCUGCAGUGUGUGGCUCACCUUCCUGCCUGUCUACCACAGUGCCAAGGGCAAGGUCAGGGUGGCUGUGGAGGUCUUCUCCAUCUUGGCCUCCACUGCAGGGCUCCUGGGCUGCAUCUUUGCCCCCAAGUGCUAUAUCAUCUUAAUAAGGCCAGAUAGGAAUUGUCUGCAUGGCUUCAAGGAUAAAAGAGAUAGAUCAACUUUGGGUCCCAUGUUCACACUUCAUUCCUCUAGUCCCACCUGUUCCCCGUCUCGCACAUCAUGA